GGCUUGUUUCUUUCAUUUGCUCUCCAUCCCCCAGACUGCGAGGCAAGCGGCUUUGCGGGAAUGCUUGCGAGCAGUCGGGAUUUACAACCUGGUUUCUGAUAGCCCCGUUGACGUAAGGGAUGGUUCUGAGUUGCUAAAUGUGUCCUCAUCAGGGGAGGGUCAGUGCACCCUAAGGUCGAGCUGUGCAUGGUGUGAGUUUGUUUGGUGCUGCCUUCAAUGCCUGCAGCGUUAUAAAACAACCUGCCUGUCAGGGUGAAGGGUGUAGGCCCAGUCCGUGGCCACAGGAAACUUCCUGGCACGGUUACAUUAAGGGAUGUCCAUGUAUUGAUAGACAAGCGAACUUGAGAAGAAACGCUUCCUGUCUUGAAAAUAGAGCAGUGAAACUCACAGCUUUUUCACCAUUUCGACAGCUUUCACCUCUGUUGUUAGUUUCCGCAGCUGCAUUUAAAAAACAAUCCUGGUGGGAACGCAUAGAUUUCUCACUGUGGUUUAUUCUUUUCACCAAGGAGAGUCUUGGGGCAUGCCUUCUCCAUCCUUAGAUUUGAGGCCAGACCAGCUCCUUUGCCAGCACUGUGCUGUUGCCAGCUGGGGAGGUUGCUCCCCUUUAGGUGGGCAUUUCCAGGCUGUGGCACUCGGGACAUGGAGGUUGUGUCUCCUCCCUUAGUGCUGCCCUUGGGAUGCCCCAAAUGAAAGGAGAGAGAAGGACUCUGCACCUGUGCCCCUUUCAUCCACUCAAGGACAGCUGGAAUAGGAUGGAGGUGUAUCCUGGCAUGGCUGAGCUCUGAGAUGUGCUGUCUUGAGGCAGAACAGCUCUUCAACUCACCCUGGAGAGCUGCAGGUCCUUACCCUGCCUUGGGCUGUGCUGCUUGGGGUCCCCGGUGAUGGAGGUGCCUUCUUCCUUUGCUGUCUUGUAGGGUAAAGAUUUUACAGCUUCUCAUGUGAAGGGAAAGGAGGAGUUAAAAAUGUUAUUUUUCCUUCUCCUUGGUAGGGUAGCUGUAACAACCAGAAGUGGAGGAUUAAAGGGACCUAACAUAGGUCUCUCUGGGACGAGAGGUCCAAAGAUAAUACAGUACCUAAAAUUGCAGGCAUCAACUGGGAUUUUCCAUCGCUUGAGUGUAGAAGACCUGAAGAAGACUCCUCGUCCUUCAGCAGUAGCAUGCCCAUAGUCUCCCUGGCCAAUGAUUCUUCUACAGCAAGCAGGACUUCUUCCUCAUCCUGAGAAGCCUUCAUCCCUUCCUAUGUCAGUGGCUACAAGGCCGAGAGCCAGCUCACCACUGUCCCCACCAAAGUCUCUCGGACUGGGGCCUUCCUUUCAUCACACACAAGAAGAGGAACUUGCCAAGGUGGUGGAGCAGGACCCUAUGCUAGAGGAACUAUGUAAGCCCCUGUGCUGUAAGCUUUGCAAUGUCACUCUCAAUUCGGCCCAGCAAGCCCAGGCUCAUUACCAGGGUAAAAACCACAGUAAGAAACUCCGGAAUUACUAUGCUGCCAACAGCUGUCCAGCACCUGCCAGGAUGAGUAAUUCUGUUGAGCCUGCCCCACCUCAGGUUGUCUCUCUUCCAACUCAGAUGGGAUCCAGUAAACCAGGUGGCAGAGUGAUCUUGGCUACAGAGAAUGAUUACUGCAAGCUUUGUGAUGCCUCAUUUAGUUCUCCGGCUGUGGCACAGGCUCACUACCAAGGGAAGAAUCACGCCAAGCGGCUGCGUCUUGCAGAGGCACAGAAUAACUCAUUCUCGGAUGCCUCAGAGCUAGGCAAACGAAGGGCAAGGAAAGAAGGGAAUGAAUAUAAGAUGAUGCAAAACAGAAGAAAUACAUAUACGGUUCAGAACAACACAGGUCCCUACUUCAAUCCCCGCUCGCGCCAGAGGAUCCCCCGUGACCUGGCCAUGUGUGUGACACCCAGUGGCCAGUUCUACUGCUCCAUGUGCAACGCAGGGGCCAGCGAGGAGAUGGAGUUCAGGCAGCACCUGGAGAGCAAACAGCACAAGAGCAAAGUGUCUGAGCAGCGGUACAGGAACGAGAUGGAGAACCUGGGCUAUGUCCAAUGACGCGCCGCCCUCGGUAGUAGUUUGCAACUAGAGCAGCUUGUCUCUCGCCUGCUGUUUGCCACAUGCCCUGCUUUGUGCUCCAUUGGGUAGGAGUAUGCUCUCGAGCUGUACAUGUAACACCUGCAAACUUACUGGUAUGGUUAGAUUUUUUUUCUGUCAUAGUCGGCAGGAUGAUGCUGUGCAGGACAUGAAGUGUUUUUGGUGUUUGUUUGCUAAUUAUCUAAGGCUCUUCAUUGUGUUGAGUGGUGGGGAGGAACUGUGUCUUCUCCCCAGCCUUCUGCAUGAAUAUGCAAAGCCCAAGAAGUGCUGGGAACUUCUGUGGUUCUUCCACAUGGGUGGACCAUGUGCAAAGCCCUCUCCCCUCUUGGCAAACCACAGAGCAGUGCUCCAGAAUGCCUCCCUACGGCAGACUGAAUCUCUGGGCAGCUUGUAAAAGAGAGGCAGGAGUAGGGCCUGUGAAUGUGUGAAUUAGGUGGUGUACUUGUCCACACUUUGCUGCUUCUGGCCCCCAUUACAGUCCAGAAUAGGUUCUUUCCACAUCCUUGUAGAAAGGCUGUGCAUACCUCUUCUCCUUGGAGGUUCUUGCCUCUUACUGCUUCCUCUGCAAUGCAGAUUCCAUUCUGAACAUCUGACAUGGAUUUCAGCUGAUUAGCCCCAUUCAGAGAUAUUCUUCUACUCUUGAUAUUAUUGCCUGGACACCUUAAUAUACCAUGGGUGUAGCUCAUCUCCCUGAAAAAGGUCUCUGGGGAUCUCAGUGGCUUAGUGAAGUGAACUGGAAAGCAAACCUGCUCAGGUGAGAUGUGCUGUGCUCUGAUUCUGCCUUAGACUGAGUCAGGUUGAGAAUAGAUGGAAGGAGCUGUCAGCUGUAAUUUAUUUGCUUGUUGAUGUAGAAAAGAGCAAGAGUUGUUCUCUGUCCUGCAGUCCUUGCUCUGGCAGAACAGGGCUGCCUGGGCUCUGGGUAGCUGAUAUUGGUGUGUCCCACUUCCAUGCCAUUCCCUGGGCAAAGCCUAAUGGGUGUUUACAGAACAAAGAUGAAACUUCUAGCUUUGAGCUAGAGAUACCAAUACUGGUUGACUUUUCCCCCCCCUCUUUCUUUUUCCAUCUCAGGGUGGAUUUUAAUGCCAUUCCUGGAACUUGACUGUUCUAGGGACCAUCAAAAAUUCAAAGUUAUUUAGGAUUUAAAUGUCAGGGUGAUAAUUGUUUGAGUAACAGCUUUUUGGCCUCAUGGAAGUAUUCAAGAAACUUGUUAAGCAACUUUUUAAUUGUAGACAAACUCAAAAGGUGUGUGUGUAUUUGUUUUGAUAUUCCUUAGCAAAAGUAGGAAGGGGAUAAAGAGCAGAAGUAGGGCUGUCAAUUUUUCUUCUGCUUGUUUGGGUAGAUGUGAAGAGCUGUGAUUGGAGUCCAGUUCACAGUGCUAUUAAAACAUGGUCUGCAGUGGCAAGUGCAGCACGUGGCUUUUGUUGGACCUGAUCCCCAAGUGUGCUGCUGGAGCUGUGCACUGGUGUAGCUUCACUGACUUCAGUGGCAUGUGCAGAGAGAGGGUCCAGGAAGCACCAUGGCUCAUCUCUCACCCCUCUUCAGGCAGCUGCAAUUUUAGAUGCAGCUCCGUUAGUUUCAGUAGGAUUUUACCAGGGAUAAAUUGUACCUAGUACAUAGUGUUGAAGGUAACUCCCCUGCCUCCUUUUAUUGCCAUUCUCAUCCUGCCUCUUGCAUUCCAGAAGGACUUUCUGCUUGCCUUAAAAAGUGAAGAAUGAGUAACAAAAAAAUCCAGAUAGUCUUUAUUCAUCUUCCUAGUCCACCUUCAAAAGGUUUGUUGCACUUGGCUGCUCCUCAGAAAUUGAGUAUUGUUUUCUUCAGCUCCCUAAGUGAGCAUCAGGGAGCCAUACAAUCUGAAUGCAGCCUUCCUAAAUCCAGGCAAGGUGAGUGCUUGUAAAGUAGUUGAAAACAACCCCCUAGAUCAUUCCAAGAUCCUUUCCCUGCAAAUAGAGGCAGAGGAAUAGGUGUCCUCAUGAAUGGGAUUCCUUCCCCUCCUUUGUGUAGAACUCAGUUAAAUGGAGCUUGUGCCCUGGAGUGCAUGAAAAGCUAGAGCAGGUGCCCAGGUUGUAGAGUACUCACUGAAUAGUUCUGACAGCUUUGUAAGUCUGUUUCUUCUGUGCUUUCCUGUCCCUGCCUCACCCUCUGUGUAGCCUUGAAGAACAUUUGCCUUUCCACAAUUUUUCAUCAGCCUAUCCCCCUCAUCAUUUUUAUUGACAGAAGGACUCUGGUUUUCUCAUUGUGUCCUGUCCUUUGGUUUGCCAAUCUGACACCACUGUCCAGAGGGGCAGAGGGAGUUAGAUGAGGUUUACCACAAUGUGCUUCAGCACAGUGAUCCCUGCAUUAUGGUUAAACAUCCCUCUGUGACAUUUCCCACAGGCUGCAAUUAGUAGUAGAAAAACAACCCUUUGUGAAAUAUGAGCUGGAAGAGCUGUAGGUACUGGUGCUGUCUGGCUUAUUGCUAGGGAUGAGGAGGCAUUUUUGCUUGCUUUCACGUGUCCCAAAAAUCAGCUGUUCACCACUUAGCUUUGGUUAUUGCUCCUACUCCCGGCCCAGCCAUCUGCUUCUCAUUUGGCAUUUCCAGUGACUGCUGGAGGUGUCAAAACCUGGUGCAGAUGUACCACAGCACAGCUGUGUGCUGGUGCUUUUGGGUGGGUGUGUGAAAAACGUGCAGGAGGCUGUUCUUGCAGGCUCCUCUCUGCUUGGGGCUGAGUCUGGUUUGGAGUGGUGGCUUCAGUCUGCCGUGAACAGAGAAGCCUGAAUCUACUUUGUUCUGUUCAAGGGAGUAUAGGUGAAUGUGGUCAUCCUGGUGAUUUCAGAGUGGUGGCUUGUAGAGCAGGUGUACAGCAGGCAGUGGGACUCAAGUGACAAGGUAGGAAGAUUUCCUCCAUGCAAGGAAAGAUGUCUUGCUGGGAGAAGGAGCUGAGACUCACUUUGUCCCAGUGCUCUGUUGUGGCCCUUCCUGCAAGCAACCAAAGCUUUCUUCUCCCUCUUUAGCCUUGCUUAAUGGCUUAUGAUUUUCCCACUCCCCUUUCAGCAUAGGAAGUUGCUGACUGUAAAGAGAAAACGCCCAACCUCCCCAUUAUCCUUAGGGUUCAGGACAAUCCAAACUCAUACUUGUCAGCAUUAGAUACUGAGUAGAUCCUGGUUUUAUUUCUUUUUGUGAAAUGUAUUCUCCAAAUCUCUGUUCAAAAAAUACUGAAAACGUGUUCUGGGCAAACCCUUUUGACAUAGGUGGGCUGGGGAGAACACUGUACAGCUGAAGUGCCAUUUUCCAGACCCAAUUAAUCUUUUUCUCAUGUUAAACCAAGUACCAAACCCAAGAAACAAGACUUCUGUGAAGCUGUCACAUUGGCCAGUAGGUUAAUGACUUUUGCUGCUAGAAACAAAUUGUAAAUCAGUAUGUUCAUAUUUAUUUUACUGUGCUGACCACUAAUUGAUUUGUUAAUAUUUAAGGCAUUAUGCUGUAGGUUGUUUUUAAGUGGAAAAAUUCUACAUCGCACUUUGCUUUUGGAUCAGAACAACUAUUUAUUGUAUUUGUGAAAAUAUUUUUUCUCCCACAUAGCUAUUUUCUUUCCCUUGAUGCAAAAACCCAACCAUACCCAAACAGCAAAACCCCCCAGCCAAAUCCAACUCAUGGAUCUUUUCAUGCUAAGCAAAAUGGGGAUCUCCUUUCAACUUGUUAUUAAAUGUCCAUUUCCAAUUUCUUUUUCCUCAAAUGAUUCCUUUGCUAACUUGGGAUGUUAUUUUUAGAGACACAAAGUUCAUGCUUCAUUUAAACAUUCAUUUCUUUUAAGGCAAGGAAGUAAACCAUGUGGAAUCCAUGAAUUUGUAACGAGUAUGAAAGUGAUACUAUUUUGUUUGUAUUAAGCAUUAGCUGUUGUUUUGCAUUCUGCACUGAGUAAAUAUGUUAUAAUCUUGCCUAACAUUGAUCUAUCUGACUUCUUGCUUUCUUUAUGCAUAUUGAAAGGAACCCUGAAAACUUCUGUGGAGUUGCUUAGGAUGGUCACCAAUGUAACAAAGCGCAGAUUUUUUUUUCUGUACAGCUGCUUAUUUCCUUUCCUAGAUGCCCAUUGUAGGGCAUUAGAAGGGAGAGCUAUUGCCAUAAGCAUGGAUUCAUAUUUUAGCUUACUAAUGCAUGAUGUCCUUUUACUACAUUACUUAAGUAAUGCUCUCACUGUAACCAAUGGGAAUCUUGCCUGGGUCAGGAGUAAAUGAAAUACCCAAGGCAAAGAUAUUAUGUUGGCUGGGGCCAGGCAAGGUACAUUGCUGUUUGUCUUUUACUCCUCCAUUUGGAUUACAACACUCUUAUGGUUUUGCUUUUUGAGGACCAUGUUUCUGGUUCUGUAAGGAUUUGGUCUUGCUCCAGCUAAAAUUGUUUGAAGUACCUUGACUUUAGUUGAGUUAGGAGCAAGGCUUGAAAACCUUCAGGAAUUUCUCACUGCUGAUGUUUUAUAUGUGGUUUUUGUUUAGCGAUUUUUUUUUUUAAUUUUGCAACCUCAUAUACAAGGAUGCUCUGGAUGAGAUGGAGUUCUGUUGCUGAUUCUGGAAAAACAAAUGCCAUGGUUGCUAAAGGAUAACAGGAAAUGGAGAAAUAUGGACCUGGUUUCUUUGAAGUCAGUGGCUAAGCUUCUUUUAUUUUGAGCUGGGCUUACCACCUGCAUAAAGAUGGAAGGGAAAAUAAAAUCCACUUUGAAAGAAAUGUGGUUGAACAGUAGUUCUGGGAAUCCUUUCUUUGAAAAAUGUAUCACAGCUAAAAGUGUGUCGGCUUACCUGAAAUAUCUGCAGGUAAAGACAGAAUUGAAUUUUUGAAAAUAAAAUCAGUUUUUCAGUUUGUAUUUUGCAGGGGAAAAAUUACUUGAUUUAAUUUCCUUCUGCAUCUGUCCAGCAAUAUCAUUUGCAAGUGCUUUGAACAUAUUUCAUCUAGAGCUUUCUUGUCAGGUUGUUUUGUACAUUUUUCCUUAUUUCCUUUAUAUUGUACUGACCCCCAUGAGGGAAUACUUGAUGAAAAUGAAUUUUUUUCUUCUUCUUCAUUAUAUAAUAAACCAUCUUGCUCUUACCAUUGUA